AUGCGCUUGCUGUGUCUCCUGUCUUUUCUACAUGGUCUUGAGGCCUCGCGCUCUUUGGCAGGGAUGGGCAUUUCGCUGGCAGAUGUGCAAGGCCUUUUCUCUCGACAAAGACUUUCAUCAGACCAGGCUGUGGUGAGCAACAGAUCUGUGACGUCCUUGGAUGCGACGACAUCCAAGAAGAAGGAGAAGCAUCCAUGCAGUCAAGUGGUGUCGGGUGCCGAGGACCGAGAAAGGUCGCACUGGUUCGGUGGAGACUGCAAGUGUCCCGCAGGAUAUGUGGUGGCUGGAAAGUCGUGGGAAUGCAAAGAUGCCUUGGGGAAGCAGAAGUUUAGCAGCAAGAUUGGGCCAACGAAGUGCCACUGUGCAGCAACCAGCGAAUGCGAGAGUAUGGUACUAGGUGCCAAGCAAAGGAACUCCUACAAAAAGAAUCCGGACAGGCCCUGCAAGUGUGAAGACCACGACUUUGUUUUGGAGGGCAAGGCGCCGCAGUGUGCAGUCUUCCUUGGAGAGCGGUACUUCCCCAACACUUUGCCACCCCAGGAGUGCUAUUGCCAUCGAGCGAAUCUCGUUGAGUAUGACUGCAGUGAGAUUGCACAUGGAGCAGUUGAGACGGACAAGCAGCAGAAGAGAUGCAUUUGCCCGGAGGGCCUCUUCUUGGGUGGUGAAGAUCAACAAUGCAAGGACUUCUAUGGUGCGCAUAUCUUUCCCAAGAGGUUAAAGCCAGGACUUUGUACUUGCAGCGCAAACGCCCGCCCAGAUCAUGGCAGGGGAAGUGGAAAACACCUGGCCAUGGCAGUGCUGCCUCUCUUUCUGCUUUGGUGGAUCUGA